AUGGAAAUAUUGGAAUCGGCGCAAUAUGAUUCCGCGACGGAUCGCGAAAUGAAACGAAACAAUGUUUGCGUUGCGCGGAACGUCGAAUGCCUCUCCCUUUCACCCUCGAUCGUCCCUUGCCCUUUCUCCAUCCCCUAUCCGUCGCUCGCCGCUUUCACCCCAGCUGGGAAUCGAGGAUUUGUUAAUAUCGAGCGCCUAGCUAGUACCCUGCCAAAAUGGCCGACGUUUAGUCGUACCUUAGUUCCGAUUUAACCGAACGUUCAAUCGCGACGCGUAACUCCGCGUAACGCGAGUUCAAGAUACAUAAUUAAUGUUUCAAUUUGUUAUCCCAAGGCGAUAACACUUGUUCGUUUAUUCUGCUUGUUGUUAUUUUUUUCUUUUUUUCAUCACUUUGGAAAUUGUGCAUUCGGAAAUUUUUGGAGAUUUGAGAAUUUUUUUUGGGGGGGGGGAGGAGAGAGAUUUAAGAGUUGUAAGAAUUAUUUUUAGGGAUACUUUUGCUUCUUUUGAGAAUAGUAUGUAUUUAUGUGACUCUACUUCAAACUUUAUGCAGUAUUUGUAAUUUCUUUUGGAUUACUUGAGUAGUAAACUCUCGUUCGAGUUUAUUGGCCAUUUUAAUUCUUCCCUAAAGAUUUCGAAUUAAUAAUUUAAAAUUGAAGAUUGAAAUUUGCAAUCUAAAAUUCACUCGUACGCUUUGUCGAAGACUUCUUCAUUUAUCAUGA